UCCUCCAUCGAGUGAGACGUUAUGUAAGCUUAGUUGUCUAUGUACUUAUUGGAGGAGGCAGGCCCCUCUGUCCCCUCCACAGUACUAAUAACGACAGCAGCAACUAUUCUUGCGUUGCCGAUAGCAGCCGAGGACAGCAGAGUCUCGACAAAGGAAGCUUUCACUUCGUUCGAAAAUCAUACAGGAUGGACGAACAAUGCCUGGGCGUUCAUGCUUGCGUUGACUGUGUCGGUGUGGACAUUCACUGGCUAUGACUCUGCUGCGCAUGUCUUGGAAGAGGUAUCUGGAGCGGCGAAGUCAGCUCCGGUUACUAUACUCGUAUUUAUUGCAAGUGUGGCAUGGCACCAUCGCUCGGAUGGAUCCUUUGCAUUGCAGCUUCGUACGCCAUCGUAUCUGUCCCGGACCUGCUGGCGACGGAACCGACUAUCGAUGCUCAUGGGUCAGUUGAACCUGGAUAUUAUCGGGAAGCAAUGGAUGCUUGUCAUCUGGUGUAUGACUUAUUUUCUCUGUGGCGCCGCCCAGGAAGUGGACACAUCAUGCGUGAACUUUGCCUUCGCAAGAGACAAUGCGCUUCCUGGAUCGCGGUUGUGGAACGCUGAGGUAUUGACAACUUGCAUAUCAUUCGCCAGGGCCUCGAUCCCCGGGUCCUUUCUCGCUCGGUACGUUUUACAUGCCUGUAGGACUCGUUGCGAUCGCCUGGGUGGUGUUCAUCACGAGUCGCCCUGCUCUGGUUUCCCACGUCAAGAACCGGCAAUGAGCAAGCUAUGAACUACACAGUCGCGAUUUGUAAUGACAGUCUUCGUAUUUGCUGGCGCCUCUUGGAUAGUGUCGGUAAGGAAGUGGUUUGUUGGGCCGCUCCCGAACAUCGACCCACAAGACUUCACGUUCUCUUCAUGCAUUGCAAAGUAGACCACUAGACGUGUUGACUGGUUCAAUGCAUUGCUUUGGU